GCGGGCGAUGUCCACGCAGAUGACAUGGAGGGGAUGUUUGGUACGCUGCAGCAGCAGGUUGUGCGGGACCUGCUUUGGGUCAUGGUAUCGCCGCACUUACUUCAGGAGACAAGCCACAAGCUUCCGUUGUGGUCAGAUCAACGUGGAGCCGACCUGGCACGCAGUAGCCGAGAGUGGCUCAAGGAGUUAGAUGACAACCCGAGUCCUUUGCACGAAUGGCUUUUGGCACAAGAUGAUUUUCACAGGAUUGGUCACUACUUUGCCUCCCUGGUGGAGUUUUGGCUGCGCCACUGCCCCGCUUUGAAGUCCCAGAAGGUCCUGGCGCGGCAGCGCGUGGACGUGGUCACCGAGGCGCCAUCAGAGGACCUUUGCGAUGAGGGCGAGGGGCAGGAUCUCUCUGGCGAGGUGGUGAGGAAUCAGUUGAAGUUCUUGGCAAAACUGCAGGGGGAUGAGGCCCUUCACGUAGAAGCAGCCAUUCACUUCAGUUUGGCGCGUGGAGCACGAGAGGUCGAUGUGGUGGCCUCACGUUUCGCCGGAGGAUUUCUGCACGAGUCCUUGUGCUGGCGCAUUCUGGAAGCCCGCAUCCGCACACGGACAGCUGCAGAGCCCGUGGUCGCUAGCAUGUUGCGUGACUGGCUUGGCGCGUCACCGAGCUCACAUUUUUUGCUUCGUGGCUGCAUCUUUUACCAGGCCAAGCUGGUUCUACCUUGUCGACACCCAGACACUGGCCGACUGGCCGCUCACGGCCCAAGUGAUUUGA